AGGUGAAAAUGGCUGACAAGGUAAUCGAACAGCUUUGUAACACAGCUAAAAUUGAACGUGACAGGGGCUGUGUAGAAUUAGAAAAAUAUCUGAGUGAAGCAGAAGCGAGCGAAGUUAAAGAAUUUGAAGAAAAGCUCUUAUACAUAUUGACAAACCCAUCCUCGCCAUGGGAAUCGAAACAUGGAGCAUUGAUGGGAUCAAAAUAUAUUUUGGUAAACAAUAAUUAUAAACAUGACGGUUCCGAUGCGUUUUCAAAAGAUAUUCGAGAAAAAGCUGUAUUACUUCUUGAAGACGAGGAAUUCAGAGUAAGAAUAGCAGCAGGUGAGGUAAUUGGUGCAUUGUGUAAGAAGAUUGGUACUAAUGUCUAUAAAGAUACAAAGGUUAAAAUACUAGAAGGUAUUAAAACAAACCUAGAAAGACAAACAUUAUCAGAUGAAACCACUGAUAAAUUAGCUGAUAAAUUGGCACCAGAAAAUCUUUUACCAGCAGAGAGUUCUGAAAAUAGUUCUGAAUAUUACUUGUUGACAAAGCAACAGAAGAGCAUUACAGAUGCAGCUCAGAUCUUUCAUGAUACAGCAGGAUGGAAAUCACUUGAAACCUGGAUGAAAUGUCUACAGAAUGUAAUAGAAGGGUGUGGUUAUGGUUUUAAUGAGUUUGUAGAUCAGGAUUUAUUAGAUCUUGUAUUCAGUUCUUUAACUCAUACUAAUAGAUUUGUUCGAGAGACUGGAUAUUAUGUGUGUUCAUCUCUAGUAGGUUGUGGAUUUAAUGAUACAGUAUCUGAUAGUGAAAGAGGUCAACAUUUAGAGGGUAAUGCUAUAUAUCAACAUGGUGAACAAUUUGCUGAUUAUUUAGGACGGGGUCUGUCUGAUAACUGGAGUCAGGUCAGAUUAGCAGGAUCAGUAGCAACUAGAAGAUUUUUAACCAGUUUACCAUCAGAUGAAAGAAGAGAAAAAUUCUAUCCCAUACUUUUACCUAGAAUGUGUUUAAACAGAUAUUAUGUAGCUGAAGGUGUGCGUAUAUAUUCUCAAGAUACAUGGAAACAGAUAACACAUGGUGAAGGAAGAAAUUUAGUAGAGAGGCAUAUGCCAUCUGUUGUAAAUUAUUAUAUAGAACAAAGUGAUGCUGAUAAUCAUGCUGUAAGAGAAGCAGCUUGUGCUUGUAUUGCUGAAUUGGGCUUAAAGGCUGAUAAGGCAGUUGUUAGUCCAUAUAUCAGUAAAUUAUUAGAAGCUUUAUUAAUAUGUUUCAAUGAUGAUAGUUGGCCUGUUAGAGAUGCUGCUUGUGUAGCUUGUGGUAACUUUGUUUUAUGUUUUCCUGAUGAAUCAAGGGACAGCAUGCCAGAAUUGUAUCCAUUAUUUUUUAAUAAUUUACAAGAUAAUAUAGCAUCUGUAAGACAAGGUGCUGCCAUAGCAUUAGCUAAUGUUGUUAAAGCUUAUGGUGAAGAGAGUAGUGAGAUAAUAUUAAAUAAGGUUAAAGAAGGUUUAGAAGGUAUAGAGAAACAACCAGCUAAUACAGAGAAAUAUGGUGAUCUGGAUAAAGGUCCAGCUACCUAUGGUGUAGUUAAACGAUUACGUGAUAAUGAUAUGGACUUACAUACAGAUAAUCAGAUGUAUUCUUGUGGUUCCUUGGCACCAAAGAUGGGUCGGGGUAACAGAAGUGGAGGUUGUAUGGAUCAUAAAUUUCGUAAACCAUCAGAACCCUGGGAACUGGCAGAUGGAUGUAUAAAUCUAUUAUCUGAGUUAUCUACCAUAUCCUCUCUAUCUAAAUCAGUGUGUCAGCUAUUACCUACAUUAUCUAAAGCUGUAUCAUAUCAAGAUUAUACACAACAUGUUUCUUUGUUAGAAACGUUCUGUAAACAGUUACCAUGUAUUGCCAAAGGAUUGGGUAAAAGGCCAUUCAAGAUGUAUUUAGAAAUGUUUUUGGACAGUUUGUUUCAAAGCUUGAGAUCUGAUAACAUUUUAACGGCUAAUGCAGCUAACGAAUGUUUGAAUCAGUUGAGUAAUUUUAUUGGACCAUCGAUAUUCAGAGGUAGAGUGGAACUUUAUGAUAGAAAAUAUCUGGAACAACUUGAUAGAAGUCUUCCACCACAUGCACCAAUGUAAAAUACUUAAGUUAAAAUGAUAAGUAGUGAGGGUAUAUCAGUGUUCAUUGUUUGAAUUAUAUGUACCUCUGUUAUACUUAAAUCAAAAGUAGAUAUACUUAAAAACAUGUUUAUGCUCCAAGCUAUUAAUGCCAUGAUAUACAGAAUUGAAGAGAAUGAAAAUUACAAUCUUUAGGUGUUGAUUUGCAUAAUCUGAGUUAAAAUAAUUACUACAUUCAGUAUUUUUGAUCUUUAGAUGUUCAUUUGUGUAAUCUGACUAAAGUUGAUAACUAAAAUUUGCACUUAUCUUUAGGUGUUUUAAUAGGAUAAAGUGGAUAACUGUAUAUGCAACUUUUGAUCUUAAUUUGGGUAAUCUGAGUAAAGUUAACUACUAAGAUCACUAGUGAUUUAAGUUUCAUUUUAAAUGCAUAAUCUCACAGAAUUUAGCACUUUUGAUCCUAUGUUAGUUUAUGUAAUCUGAAUGAAGUUCAUUACACAAAUUAGUAAUUUUGAUUUUAGCUGUUAUAUUUGUGUAAUCUGAAGAUAAAUUGUUUAUUAAAAUUGGUAAUUUUGAUGGUUAUUGUGAUCUUAGUAAACUGGUUACAAAAAUUUGUAAUUUUGAUCUUUAUUUGUUAAUUAGUGUAAUAUUGUUAACGUUAUAAUAUACAAUUUGCACUUUCGAUCUUCAGGUAUCAAUAUGUGAUUUCAUAUUUCUAAAAUCAGUACUUUUAAUCAUUAGGAAUUAAUUUGUGUACACCAAGUGAAAUUUUUAUACUAAAAUUAAUACUAUUAUUAAUUCUGAUCUGCAAGAAACAAAUUACUAAACUUGAGGGCCAUAUGAUCACAUUUCUAAUCAAAUUUUAUUUUUUUAACACUUCAAUACUCUAGUUUAAAGAUACAUUAUGGGAGAUAAGAUAAAGAGUUGGUAGUUCUAACUAUAAUAGUUAAAAACUAGGUAAUGUAAAUGGAAUUUGCUGAAAAUUUCAGUCAAAUUGAUCCACCCUGAACCGAGUAUUUAGCGAUUGAAUUUUGGGCCUAGCCUCGAUCCGCAUUGUCACUUGGAUAAAAAACAUAGUCUCGCAGCAGACCAGGUUCUAAUCCAGUAAAUAUUGCAGGCUAGCGAUGCGAUGCGAUCGGGAGUUGAUUAUGAUCUGGAUAAGUUAAUUAAUGUCUAAUUAAAAAUUUAGAUAACAUUUCAGGCCUAAAGAAAGACCUGCAAUAGGCAGAUUUAGCUCUUGCAUAAUGUAUGUUUAAACUCUUGUGUACCCAUGGCCUUUUGUUUAUCAUACUUAUAUUUGUCACACUUGUGUACAAGAUAUAAUUUUCAAUUGAAUUGAACCCUAAGUUAAUUUUUGAAGCUAAGGUUUUAAAAAAAAUUAUAUCAAUGCCUUUUGUACUGAGCAUAUUUUUUCUCUGUAUAUAGCCUAUUGUGAUUUAUGUACAUAUGAGUGAUUCAUCACGCUAAAUAAAAUAUCAAAAUAAUGUAUAAAAUCAUAAAACUUUAUGCCAGAAGUGUUAAUCAGCAGAUAUUUAACUUUCUUUUCUUUUAAAUUUAUUUGUAUGUCCUUUUGUGCAGUAUAUGUUAGAAAACUUACAAAAUUUAUUAAAUUUUAAAUUUAUUUGUAUAUCCUUUUGUGAAGUAGAUGGUAGAAAACUUGUAAAAUUUAUUAAAUGGCCCUGGAUUGUGAAGCAAAUCAAAACACAACUACACCAUACCGACAACACAGAAUAUUACUUCAAAAUAAUAAUUAUGUUACCUGGAGAAAAGAUUCUUUAAAAAAAUUGGUAAUUAUAAGAUAUCUAUGGGGUUCCACUUUUAUUUACAUUGUCUAUUACAAUAAUAAUAAUUACUUUUUAGGGCUUUUAAAAUUAUAUACAGUUUAAAACACAAAAUAUUGUAUUGAUGUUUGUCAUGUUUUAAGUUUAAUAUUUUGACAUAAAUAUUUUCACUUGUACAACAUAAAGUAUAAUUAUACAUAUUCCCUCCUGUAAUACUAUGUAUUGUUAUACCCAAAAUGUCAGCUUUAAUUUUAUAUACUUGUUGUUGUAUAAAUUCUUAAAAGAAAUAAAAUUUGAUUUUCAAUUAAGAAAA